CACGCCCACGACAGCAGCAGCAGCAACAACAACAACAACAACAACAACAACAACAACAACAACAACAACAACAACAACAACAACAAGCAUGAUGGCCCGACGCGGUGCUGCUGUGAGCGCUGCGGUGCUCCUUAUUGGCAUGCUAAUGUGCGUCAAUGUGCAUGGCGCCGUGUUUACGUGGAAAGAGGACGGAUGCAACACCAACUUCAACAACGACGCCAACUGGGAUGGCGGCGCUCCUGUGGUUGUCGGCCACAACCAGGACGAUGCCGUGACCACAACCGUGUACUUUGGGCCAAAGCACCAAACUGAUGGCUGGAAGCCAGUCACGUCCCUCGUCCAUGCUGGCAAGUACGCGACCAAGCAGGCAAUUGUGUUUGCAGACAACGGCGUGCUGGAGUUUGCACCUCACGGUGCCCAGAUGGUGUUCCACAAGACCCACCCAAGCGAUGUCGACGCCAACACGGACGAUGCUGACGUGACUGUGUUCACCGGUGGUCAGACUUACCGCCCAGAGUGCGACUUUAACUGCCACAAGAACUGGGAGACGUCCUUCAAUACCACGCGCCCGCCGUGCAUGGAGGAUGAUGCAUUCUUCCCAAUGACAUCGUCGUACCACAUUUUCACAGGCUCCUUCGCCCCAAUCACAUCCCUGACGCUGGACAGUGUCCGCGUUGCACUCGCCAACGACGAGCACCUCCCGCCAUCCUUUUCGUCGCCGGCUUACGGGUCAGGCAGCGGCAUCCACUUUUCUCGCGGCAACUCGAGCAUGGAUCGGCUCACGUGCGAACUGGAGGCACAGUUUGACGUCCAGCAGCGCGCCUGCGUGUGCUUCUCAACGUGCCCGUCCCUGGAGCAACAGCUGGCCGACGAAGCGCUGGCGAACGAACUCGCCAUCAUGGCCGUCAACAGCACCCUGAAUGAUGCCCGCAGGCCCAAAGAGAAGCUCGUCGCGUACACGUUCAAGCCUCUGGCCAUUUUGAGCCUGUCGCCAGAGCUUCAGGCUGCCGUGGAACCCCAGCUCAACGCCCUCGGCAGCGCAGACAACGAGGCCGUCAAGCACCACAUGACCCGGCUUGCUGCAGAAGUGCUGCCGGACUUGCGCUUUGCCCCCGGUGCGAGCUGCAACCUCACAUAUGCGCCAUCGUCGGAUACGCUCGCCUUUGCCGCAAGAGUCACGGGCCCCGCCAUUGCUGUUGAUGCGAUUGCCAGCGUGGCUUCCUUCGACACCCUUGCCCCGGGGCCGCGCGAGGUGCUUGAGCUGCUGGCUUGGAGGGCAUCCACCUCACACAUUAGGAACCGCACGGUCGAGGCGUGCCUGCAGGUGAACACCACCAGCGCGUGCGCGUACUUGUCCGGCCUCGACUCUGCCAUGGAUGCGGCCGACCGCGUGGAGACAGCCACGGUGACUGUCGAGUUUAGCGUGGGCGACCUGCUGCCACCAACCAUGCUGACGCGGCUGUUCCAGUCGUACAACGACGACACCCUGCGCAACCUGAUUGCGGACACGCUCAGCGGCACCCCGCCCAUCACCAAGAUCAGCGGUGACCAGGUCCGCAUCAGGCCAGCAGUUGUUGAACGAAGGGAGGUGGCCUCAACGGCAAGUGGCAUGAUUGUCAGCAUCAUCUUCCCCAUGUUGCGGGACAAGGCGUGCACGGCAUCCGACACAUCGCCCGAGUGCACGCUACCAUCCUCCUCGGAGCGCUUCUCAGAGCUAGCCACGUUCCUCAACGCCGCUGUCACCGUGUUCAAGCCGGAGGAGCCAACGUGCCUCAGCUUCACCAGCGGCAUCGACACCAACUGCACCCGCGCCGUGACGCUGGCCGACCUGACGAGCGCUGCGCUUGCAUCACCGCCGCUGCCCCUGAGCGAUUGGAAGGCAAGGGUGGAAACCACGUUCUAUGCCAGCAUUGGCGGGUGCGGCCUGCGGUGCAAUGUUGAUGGCAGCUUCUCCGACGCACAGUAUGAGGCGGAUGUUGCGGCCAUGUUCGACUCGGUCUACAAUCAGGUGCGCACGCUCGUGCUGGCAGUGUUGUCGUCUGCUGAUGACGAUGAUGCCGAUGAUGACCACGAUGAUGAUGAUGAUGAUGGCGACGACGACGACGACGAUGAUGAUGAUAACGAUGGACCCGGCUCAAGGUCCGGGAGUGUGCUGAACGACAGUGAGAAGGUUGGCGUUGGUGUUGGCUCUGCUGUCGGGGUGCUGCUGGUUGCCGGUCUGGUGCUGAUUGUGAUGCGCAACCGCCGCCGCAACCCGCGCGUGGCAGACGCCCUGCGCGACGCGGACAGCAAGAAGAGCGCAGAUGACAGCAAGACCGGUGCGCGACCCGUUGUGUCCUUCUCCAAUCCCAUGUACAACGAGAACGGGGACGUGGAGGAGCUGAACACGCUGUACAACGCAGCGGAGGAUACCGGGCUGUAUGACGCUCCCGCCUUCAACGACUCCUCAACAAAGCAGAACCCCAUGUACCGCAGCUCAGAGGCGCUGCAGGCCAAGGCGAACGAUGCUGAUGGCGGUGAUGGUGGUGAUGGUGAAGGUGAUGGUGAUGGUGAGAAGGACGGGGCGGUGGAGAACGUGGCUGAGAACGAGGCAGAUGAAGGCAGCUACAUUGACGUUGCGCCAACCAACGUGGAAACGCUCGCUGUUCCCACAUCAGUGCAACAGGAUGACGAGUGAUCUCGGAAGGGGGGGGGGGAUGUGAUGAUGUCAGGAGUUGUCUGGCUGGUGGCGUGUUUCAUGCUUCUGGUUGCCGGCUAGUGGUUGCUGGUUGCACCGUGGUUUCUUUCUUCUCUCCGGUGAAGUGGUGACGAUUCACACACACACACACACACACACACACACACACACACACACACACAC